ACUGCUACCAUCACCAAAAGAAACCCGUGAGAGCCAUGCGGUCAGGCCUUGACCUCAACCUGGCAGAUCUUCACACUUUCCCUGUGUCCUUAUGGAGAGCUACCGAGCCUGCUCCCCCCACCUUCACCUUGCCAUCUAAGACCAAGGAGAGAGAGGAGAAGAAUGCCAGGCAGGGUGGCACAAGGCAGAGCAUGCCUGCCGCCCUGUGCUGCCAGCCAAAGAGGAUGCGCCAUCCCUAUCUAACCCACCUGUUCUAUUCUGCGACUGAUUCCUUCACAAGCAGCAGCCUGGAAAGCACUGAGUAUUUCACACAUUCGGAGUUCUGGUCAUUCGGUUGUCACUUGGCCAGUGUCCAGCCACCUCUCUUUCUGGACACCACCUCUCCUAGGCCACACCAGAGUGAGACUCCAGGUGACACAGACAACAACUUGUCCUCCUGCAGUCCACAGGAGGAACUCUGGAGCUCCCAGGAGGCACCUCAGUAUUUCACCCCCACAGGCUCCUCCCCUUGGGAUACAUUGCAGGAAGAGACUAUGACCCAGGAUGAGGCCAUAACUCAUGAACUGACCAUGACAGAGGAUGAGCCUAUGACCCAUGAAGGGACCAUGAACCAGGAUGAGGUCAUCACCCAUGAUGCAACAUUAAUUCAGGAUGAGGUUAUCACCCAGGAUACCACCUUGUCCCAGGAAGGGACCAUGAGCCAGGAUGAGGCCAUCACCCAUGAUGCAACGUUGACCAAGGAUGAGGUCAUCACCCAGCAAACCACCUUGACCCAAGAUGAGGUCAUCACUCAGCAAACCACCUUGACCCAACAAAGGACCAUGACCAAGGAAGGGAAGAUGACCCAGAAUGAGGCCAUAACUCAUGAUGCAACCAUGAUCCAGGAAAAGACCAUGAACCAUGAUGGGACCAUGGUAAAGAAUGAAACCAUAUCACAGGAAGCGACCAUCAUGCAAGUAGAGGCCAUCAUUCAGGAUGAAACCAUCUCCCCAGAAGCCACCAUGACCCAGGUUGAGAACCUCAUUCAGGAAGAGGCUAUCACUCUGGAUGUGUCCAUGACCCAGGAAGUGGCCAUCACCCAUGGGCAGCCCCAGGAUGCAGGCCCAGCUUCAUCCCGAACCCGGAGGCGUCACAGCUGUAACGGGGUCAAGAAAACAAUUAUGAACUGCUUCAGAAACCUCUGUUGCUGCUGCCUGCCACCUGCAGAGAGAGGCCAAGCCUCCCGCAAGAACCUGGCUCCAAAGGGAAGGGAUCAUGGAGUCACCCCCAGAACCAGUCCUGAAGAGGUCAAGCCCCAGCUCCAUGGCUUGUGAGCCACGGGUUGGGGACCGGUCUGGCUGAGAAUCGGACAGCCCCACAGGGAGCCAGGCCGGAUGUCCAGGAGGCAGUGUGGACACAGGCCCCUCCUACAGAGGAAGAGCUGUCCACCCCAGCACAGAUCUCUCCAGGUAGCAUCCUGCCAACCUUUUGCAAGAACCCCGAAAAGUCAUCACAGCAAGGUACACUGCUUGAGUCCUCACACCCAACUCAGAGCAAAGCUUGGGACAAUCUCUACUGAGGAGUGAAUCCAGGGUCGGCUGAGCCUUCUCUCUCCACCAAUUCUGCCCUCUAGUUACUCACCUGCUGCCUCUCCAUGCUUGCUCCUUCAAGGCAACCGUUCCCAUGGGGAACUGGAUUUCACACUCACCACCACAUACCACACCAUGAGGCAGUGAUAGGUGUCAUGAUAUGGAUGGAACCAGAAACCCU